AUGGCCGACAGCAGGCUGUCCAUCUCCGCCCUCUGCGCCCGCGACGAAGAAGCUAAGGACAAGGACAAAGACCCCUUCGCCGUCGCAGACACGUCCUCCUCCUCUUCCUACACCCCGCUAUCGACAUACUCGUCUUCUGCUACUCGCUCUUCUGCCGACGAUGACGACGAGUGCAUGUCUUUCACUUCUGGUCUUUCUAUCGACGACCCCGACGUGCGUCUGGCCGCCGAGGCACUCGAGGACCUGAGAUGCGACCACUCCGAUAGCCCCACCGUCCACUCGCCCUCCGUGACUUCUCCCUCUCCCUCCUCUCCAGCAGCCUCCCAGCUCUUCUCCCGCAUGUCAAACUACACCCUCGUCUCCUCCGCCGUCCGCGUCUACGAGUCCGGCAAGUCCUACUCUCGAGGCUUCAAGUACGGCGCUGAGAUCGUCGAGUCCGUCGCCAGACCCGUCGUCCGCAGAUUCGAGCCUCUCGAGGGAUUCGCGUUGCGGCAACUUGAUCGCCUAGAGCGCAAGUCCGUCAGCUCCAACGAAAAGACAAACGAUAUACCAACCGCAGAAGAAUCUACCGAAUUCAUACCCCAAGAAUACUGGCAGCAGCAACAAAAUCAACCACAGCAGCAGCAAGCCUCCCUCCUCCACAAUGUCAUCACAAACGCCUCCGGACUCACAGUAGCAAUGUCGGACGAAUCACUGAAAAGCCUGCGGUAUUGUCUGCAAUGGCUCAAGUACGCAAACGGCCACCUCGAGAAAGCAGUCACGACUCUAAACACCAUCGUGGCCGAGCAGCAAAACGACGCGGCCUGCACCGACCCUUCCAACCCCGAGACGCAGGAGCAGCAGCGCCGGCGCCGGCGGUCUCUCUUCAACGUGCGCGUCACCGAAACCAAAGCUGAUAUUGUCUCGACGAUCCGCAAGGUUGUCGGUGUAGUAUCCACCUACGCCGGUUCGGCACUUCCCGAGCCCGCGCGCUCGCACGUGCGCACAUAUGUGCUUGAACUGCCGGCGCGGUGGGCGACUGCGAGCGCGUCGAUUCCGCCGUCGAGACGCGGGAGCGCAGGUAGCUCAGUGUCGCCCGAGGAAGAGAGCGCGGAGGAGCAAGCGCAGCAGGCGACCGAGCAGGCGAGUCGGGUGAUUAUUCUCGCGAGCGAGGCGCUGCAGAUGCUCGGGGGCGUGACGCAUAUCGUUGGCGACACUCUCGACCGUGCGGAAGGAUGGUGCGAUCGGUUUGGGCGGCGGCAGGGCGAAGCGCAGUUCAACGAGAGCAGUCUGAUGGAGGUUGAUAAGCAAGAGAAUGAUGGAGACAAUGUUAUGCAGGAUUAG